AUGGAUGAAGACGGGGAUGAUAAGGAUGACUCAAAAAGGAGAACUCGGAAUUUGAGCGAAAAGAAAAGAAGAGAUCAGUUCAAUAUGCUACUCAAUGAACUUGGGUCUAUGGUUUCUUCAAACAAUAGAAAGAUGGAUAAGUCAACAGUCCUGAAGUCUACUAUAUCUUUUUUGAAAAAUCAUAAUGAAAUAACUGUACGCUCGAGAGCUCAUGAUGUGCAAGAAGAUUGGAAACCAGCUUUUUUGUCAAACGAAGAAUUUACUUACUUGGUAUUAGAGUCACUUGAGGGAUUUGUUAUGGUAUUUUCUGCCGCGGGCCAUAUUUAUUAUGUAUCUGAGAGUGUGACAUCAUUAUUAGGACAUAAUGCGAAUGAAUUAGUGAACAAAAGUAUUUACGAUUUAACAUUUGAAAGUGAUCGCUCCAAUUUGUAUGGGUUGUUGCAAAAUCCACCUAAUGUGAUCCAUCCAGCGCAACCUCUUAAUUCAGAAAAUGAGAUACAAUUCCAAUGCCACCUUCAAAGAGGAGCUUUAGAUUUCCGAGAUGAGAUUACAUAUGAAUUGGUUCAAUUUAGCGGCCAUUUUCGUACUAACAUGGAGCAGAAUGAAAAUAGUGACGUUACAUAUCCACCAGAUGAUUCGAGGUUACUAUUCGUGUGCACGGGCCGGCUCUGCACGCCUCAGUUGAUACGAGACGUGUCGCUAGUAGAUUCUAGCCAGAACGAGUUCACAUCGCGGCAUAGUUUAGAGUGGAAGUUCUUAUUCCUGGAUCACCGCGCUCCACCCAUCAUCGGAUACUUGCCCUUUGAAGUGCUUGGCACUUCUGGAUACGAUUAUUAUCACUUCGAUGAUUUGGAAAAAGUUGUUACUUGCCAUGAAGCUCUAAUGCAAAAAGGUGAGCUAACGUCGUGCUGCUACAGGUUUCUUACAAAAGGGCAGCAAUGGAUUUGGUUGCAAACCAGAUUCUAUAUUACUUAUCACCAGUGGAACUCGAAGCCUGAAUUCGUUGUGUGCACACAUCGAGUUGUAAACUUUGCCGAUAUAGAUAAAAGCACAAAACAGGAAAAUGGUGAAACUGACGUGAAUAAUGAAUCAGAGCUGAACGGAAAUACCAUGAAGGAGAAUUCAUCUGAAGAUGCUUUAGUCUCCAUGUCGCCUUCUUACUUGUCUGAGGCUAGUGAUGCCUUUGGUAACUCCUAUCAGUCUUUAUCUCAGCCGGCAUCAGUGAAAUCAACAGCAACGUCAGCGGGUAGUACAGGAGCCACCAUCGCAUCAAUUGGGACUUCGACUACGGCCGCAGUCUCCUGGCCUACGAGAGCUUCUCACGCUCGAUACGUAGCGGGUUCUGAUUCUAACUCCAUGUCUGGCGACUCUAGGUCGUCUCAACGGAACAACUCGCAAGAGCUCGGAUUUUCUUCAUUCGCAGCCACGUCUCAACAACUGAUGCCACAUCGAGUUUCCGAAACAUUAUUAGUGCCGCAACACGGUAUAGGCGCUCAGUACUUAGAGCCCUCGCCGUAUGUCAGCGCCGUGGGAGUGCCGGCAGUACUUCCCCUGUCACUCCCUGCCUUGCCGGUCCUAGUGUCCCCCGACCAAGCCCAAUUGCAGUUGCAGCGCACUCACCGCGAGCUGCAGCAGAUGAUUGUCCGACAGCAGGAGGAGCUUCGGCAAGUCAAGGAGCAACUACUACUGGCCCGACUUGGAAUACUACAACCUCUUAUGAAUGUGCAAGAUCCAUAUGCUAAUCCAGAGGAAAUUCAACCUAAUCAGCGUAUACUCCCACAAAUAUUGUACGAGGGAACCUCCCGGCCUAUGUACCAGCCUCUAACACAGGCCCCGCCCACCGGACCCGAAAACCAACAUCAAAUGCCACCACAG